AUGUGGCCCUUCGACGCUGUCGACUGGGUGAUGCUCAGCAUCCCCCUCGCAUACCUCGGAAUCCUCACCGGCUCGCUCUACACCUUCAGCAGCAUCUACCGCAAGCGCAAAGCUUAUCACGCCGCCUCGCUCGAGCCCUGGUUCCCGCCGCACCUCCAGCGCAACGUCUACCUCUCGCUGCUCCACCAAGAAGACCCCAAGGUGCCCGACUCCAUCCUCAAGGCUGCGCUCCUGCGCCGUGCCACCGAGGACAUCUCCCGCAUCAUCCAGGUCAGGAGCCAGAAGCAGGCGCUGCAGGUGUUGCUGCAGCGGGGCAGCGUGGGCGACGACCUCUGGCAGCGGUUCCAGCGUGCUGAGAAGGAGAUCGAGGAGGAGCUGAGGGAUGUUGUGCAAGAGGCAAACGCCUUCGCACCCAACUGGGGCCAGUCCAUCUUCCAGUCCGCAUCCGAGCUCUCGCAGAACCAUAUGCUCCGCGAGCGCCUCAACGAGAUACUUGCCACCGCCGACUCCGAACGGCAAUGGUGGGACCAGCGCCGGUCAGAGAUCCAGUCCGAGCUGCUGGGCGAGCUAGAUGCAGACAAGACCAAGAGCCCAACCGAGGGCAGUGUGGCAGGCAGUGUCACGGGCAGUGUUAGAGGUGCGAAAACUGCCAGUGAUGACGACGCGGUGCUGGUAGAGAGCGGAGGUCCUGCGGAGAAGACAGGCAAAGGGAAGAAGAAGGGCAAGAAAUGA